UACUGUACGUUGAGUAGAUUUCACGACAAAUGAAAUUACACCAAACUAUACAUCCGUCUCCGUCACAAGAGAGACUCUCAAUAACUUCUGAAGACUAAAAGCGAACAGUUUGAUUUCAUUUCGCGAGCUUCGAAUAUUCCGCUUUUCACGCUGAUUUCGACGUCAUUCUGGUUUCUUCUAGAUCGGUGCCCAUUGAUCUCGAUCCGGAGCUGUGUAAAUGGCGUACGUCGACCAUGCGUUCUCGAUAUCGGACGAGGACAUCAUGAUUGAGACUUCAUACACCGUCAAUAACCGACCGCCGGUGAAGGAGAUCGCACUCGCGGUGGCUCUCCUCGUGUUCGGAACCCUGGGAAUUGUCUCCGGCUUCUUCAUGGCGUACAAUCGAGUUGGCGGUGAUCGAGGCCACGGGAUUUUCUUCAUCGUCCUCGGGUGUCUUCUGUUCAUCCCGGGGUUUUACUAUACGCGGAUCGCAUAUUACGCUUACAAAGGAUACAAAGGUUUCUCAUUCUCAAACAUACCGCCAGUUUAGUCCUUUUUUUUUAAUCUCUCCUACUCAGUGUAUAGAGAUGUUUUAUUGCCUUAAAGCAAUUACCGGCUUGUUUACUCUUUAGUGUAGUUUUACAGGAGUUGAGUCCAUACUUAAUAGUUAACAUAUAUAAAUAUCCCUUCUUGCUUCUAGUUUUCUUGUUAAAUAAUUGUGAGUCUGUGAAUUGUCCGGAUUUAAUAUUUACAUUUCUAUCUAUCUA